ACGAUCCCAUCCAAAACCAAAACUCGCUCACCGGCGAUCGUCUUUCUCCAACCUCGCCGACCUCUCCGUCUUCUCAAUUACGAUCUACCAUCACCAGAAUCCGUUUUCUCUUCUCACUCCGCUUCCGAAAAUCCCAGAAAAAAAAACGUUACGAAUAGAGACAAACCUUUUCCAGUUUCUGUUGAAUUCGAUUUUGAAGGAUUAGAUUAGCCGUUCUAUUGAGACGUUAGAAGAUUGUGGCUGUCGUUGAUUGCAAGAGAGAGUGGUUACUUUGAUUGCUGUUUUCAUGUGACAAGAUGGCGUUCUUUAGGAACUACUCAAACGAUACUGUUUCACAUAAUGUUCUGGAUGAAAAUGAGGAGCGGCAAAAUGCUGCUACUUUUCAGAGUUCACCUUUGAAUGAAGAUGUGGAUGGUACUUAUAGUGAAAGAGGCUUUGACAUGAACAUGGACGUACAGUAUCAAAGUGACCCAGAACCAGGAUGUAGUAUUAGGCAGCAAAAUCAGACACCAAUUGAUAAUGUAGCUGGUCCUGUGGAUUCCCAUUAUCAACCUUCGACAAGGAGAUUGGGUGUAACUGGGAGGUGGGGUUCCACAUUUUGGAAAGACUGUCAGCCAAUGGGACAGAGAGAGGGCUCUGAUCCUGCCAAAGAUUCACAAUCCGGUUACAAAGAAGCAUAUCAUUCUGAAGAUAAUCUCUCAAAUGACCGGAGUGAAAAGUUAGAUUCUGAAAAUGAAAAUGAAAAUGAGGAGAAUAAUGAAAUGAACACGCAUCAAAGUGGUCAAGCUGAUGUCCCAGCAGACGAAAUGUUGUCUGAUGAAUAUUAUGAACAAGAUGAAGAUAAUCAAAGCGACCAUGUGCACUACAAAGGGUAUAGUAAUCCUACAAAUUCUAGAUCACUGCCGAAUGCAGGAUCUGCUACCCAUAGCAACUCAAGGGCCUCAAGAGCAAUUCACAAAAACAUUCACUAUAGUGAUAGUAAUCAUGGCCACAAUGGUGAUGCUGAUAUGGACUAUGAAGAGGAGGAAGAUGAGGAUGACCCUGAAGAUGCUGACUUUGAGCCCUAUGAUGAUGCUGUUGAUGAUGUUGGUGCAAGUAAAAAGCAUGGCCAAGGUUGGGACGUUUCUGAUGAAGACCCUGAGAGUGAUGAUGAAAUUGAUCUCUCCGAUUACGAGGAUGACUAUGGCACAAAAAAGCCCAAGAGGCAACAAAGUAAAGGUUUCCGGAAAUCAAGCACUGGACUCGAACGAAAAUCAUUCCAUACUUCUAGUCGACAAAAGAGGAAAACAUCAUAUCAAGAUGACGGCUCAGAGGAGGACUCUGAAAAUGACAAUGAUGAGGGUUUUAGAAGCCUGGCCAGAAGAGGCACAACUCUCCGACAAAACAAUGGAAGGUCAACCAAUAACAUAGGACAGAGUAGUGAAGUUCGCAGCUCCACCCGAUCAGUUCGUAAAGUCUCUUAUGUAGAGAGUGAAGACAGUGAAGAUAUAGAUGAUGGGAAAAAUCGUAAAAACCAAAAGGAUGACAUUGAAGAGGAGGAUCCUGAUGUUAUUGAAAAAGUGCUCUGGCACCAGCUGAAGGGUAUGGGUGAAGAUGUUCACACAAAUAACAAAUCAACGGUUCCUGUUCUAGUAAGCCAACUGUUUGAUACUCAGCCAGAUUGGAAUGAAAUGGAAUUCCUUAUAAAAUGGAAAGGCCAAUCGCACUUGCAUUGUCAGUGGAAAACGUUGAGUGAUCUCCAAAAUCUUAGUGGGUUCAAGAAGGUUCUUAACUAUACGAAGAAAGUGACGGAGGAGAUUAGGUACAGGACAGCACUCUCGCGAGAGGAGAUUGAGGUCAAUGAUGUGAGCAAAGAAAUGGAUCUGGACAUCAUUAAGCAGAAUAGUCAGGUAGAAAGAAUAAUUGCAGAUCGAAUAAGCAAAGAUGGUUUAGGAGAUGUUGUGCCAGAGUAUCUAGUUAAGUGGCAAGGGCUAUCUUAUGCUGAAGCAACUUGGGAGAAGGAUGUCGAUAUAGCAUUUGCACAAGUUGCUAUUGAUGAGUACAAGGCUCGUGAAGUUUCAAUUGCAGUGCAAGGGAAAAUGGUAGAACAGCAGCGUACAAAAGGAAAAGCAAGCUUGAGGAAGCUUGACGAGCAGCCUGAGUGGCUAAGUGGAGGUACGCUACGGGACUAUCAGCUGGAGGGUUUGAAUUUUCUUGUCAACAGCUGGCUUAAUGAUACUAAUGUCAUUUUGGCUGAUGAAAUGGGUCUUGGUAAAACUGUUCAGUCAGUUUCAAUGCUUGGGUUUUUGCAGAAUACCCAACAAAUUCCUGGUCCAUUUCUUGUUGUUGUGCCUUUGUCAACAUUAGCUAAUUGGGCUAAAGAAUUUAGAAAGUGGCUUCCCGGCAUGAAUAUAAUAGUAUAUGUUGGCACCCGGGCUAGUCGAGAGGUAUGUCAGCAAUACGAAUUUUACAAUGAAAAGAAAGUAGGCAGGCCCAUAAAAUUCAAUGCACUUUUGACUACUUAUGAAGUAGUUCUGAAGGAUAAAGCUGUCCUCUCCAAGAUUAAGUGGAUUUACUUAAUGGUGGAUGAAGCACAUCGACUGAAAAAUAGUGAGGCACAGCUCUACACAGCUCUUUUGGAAUUUAGCACGAAGAACAAAUUGCUUAUUACUGGCACUCCACUACAGAAUAGUGUCGAAGAGCUUUGGGCUCUGCUCCACUUUCUUGAUCCUGGAAAGUUUAAGAAUAAGGAUGAGUUCGUUGAAAACUACAAGAACCUUAGCUCAUUUAAUGAAUCUGAGCUCGCCAACCUUCAUUUAGAAUUGAGACCCCAUAUUCUACGACGAGUGAUUAAAGAUGUUGAAAAGUCGUUGCCUCCAAAAAUCGAGCGUAUACUAAGAGUUGAGAUGUCCCCUCUUCAGAAACAGUACUACAAAUGGAUAUUGGAGCGCAACUUCCAUGAUUUAAAUAAAGGGGUGCGCGGUAAUCAGGUUUCACUUUUAAACAUUGUGGUGGAGUUGAAGAAAUGCUGCAAUCAUCCUUUCUUAUUUGAAAGCGCAGACCAUGGAUAUGGGGGUGACAUAAACGAUAACUCUAAGCUGGAUAAAAUCAUUCUAAGCAGCGGAAAGUUAGUUAUCCUAGACAAGCUACUGGUUAGACUGCGUGAGACUAAGCAUCGUGUGCUUAUCUUUUCUCAGAUGGUAAGAAUGUUAGAUAUCCUGGCGGAAUACCUGUCUCUUAGAGGUUUCCAGUUCCAGAGACUGGAUGGUAGUACUAAGGCAGAACUACGUCAGCAGGCAAUGGAUCAUUUUAAUGCACCUGCUAGUGACGACUUUUGCUUUCUUCUUUCGACCCGAGCUGGUGGACUGGGUAUCAACCUUGCUACUGCUGAUACAGUCGUUAUAUUUGACUCUGAUUGGAAUCCACAGAAUGACCUGCAGGCCAUGAGUCGAGCGCACAGAAUUGGGCAACAAGAGGUCGUGAACAUUUAUAGAUUUGUCACUAGCAAAAGUGUUGAAGAAGAGAUCCUGGAGCGCGCCAAAAGAAAAAUGGUUCUUGAUCAUUUGGUUAUUCAAAAACUGAAUGCGGAGGGUAGGCUGGAGAAGCGAGAAACUAAAAAGGGAAGUAAUUUUGACAAGAACGAGCUUUCUGCAAUAUUGAGAUUUGGAGCGGAAGAACUUUUUAAAGAGGAUAAAAAUGAUGAGGAAAGCAAAAAGCGGCUGUUGAGUAUGGAUAUUGAUGAAAUCUUAGAGAGGGCAGAGCAAGUUGAGGAAAAGCAUACUGAUGAAACAGAACACGAACUGUUGGGUGCUUUUAAGGUUGCCAACUUUUGCAACGCUGAAGAUGAUGGGUCCUUCUGGAGUCGCUGGAUAAAACCUGAUUCUGUGGUUACGGCCGAAGAAGCUCUUGCACCACGGGCUGCUAGGAAUACAAAGAGUUAUGUGGAUCCUAGCCAUCCUGACAGGACUAGCAAACGAAAAAAGAAAGGAUCUGAGCCUCCGGAGCAUACAGAGAGAAGUCAAAAGCGCAGAAAAACUGAAUAUUUUGUUCCUUCAACUCCAAUAUUAGAGGGGACUUCAGCUCAAGUGAGAGGCUGGUCUUAUGGAAAUCUUCCUAAGAGAGAUGCGCAACGAUUUUAUCGAACUGUCAUGAAGUUCGGGAACCAUAAUCAAAUUGCAUGUAUUGCAGAAGAGGUGGGUGGUGUUGUUGAAGCAGCCCCGGAAGAAGCACAAGUUGAGCUAUUUGAUGCUUUAAUUGAUGGUUGUAAGGAAUCUGUUGAAACAGGAAAUUUUGAACCAAAGGGUCCUGUCUUGGAUUUCUUUGGUGUGCCAGUUAAAGCAAACGAACUCUUAAAACGUGUGCAAGGACUGCAGCUCCUAUCAAAGCGCAUUAGUCGAUAUGACGAUCCAAUUUCACAAUUCCGGGUGUUGUCAUACCUUAAACCUUCAAAUUGGUCCAAGGGUUGUGGUUGGAAUCAGAUUGAUGAUGCGAGAUUGCUUCUGGGAAUACUUUAUCAUGGUUUUGGGAAUUGGGAAAAGAUAAGAUUAGAUGAAAGCCUUGGACUUACAAAGAAGAUUGCUCCUGUUGAACUUCAACACCAUGAGACUUUUCUACCUCGUGCUCCAAACUUAAAGGAGCGUGCCACUGCACUUCUGGAAAUGGAACUUGCUGCAGCAGGAGGGAAAAAUACAAAUGCCAAAGCAUCCCGUAAAAAUUCCAAAAAGGUCAAGGAUAAUCUUAUCAAUCAAUUUAAAGCACCUGCCAGAGACCGAAGAGGAAAAUCUGGUCCUGCCAAUGUAAGUUUAAUAUCAACAAAAGAUGGACCUCGGAAAACCCAAAAAGCUGAGCCAUUGGUGAAGGAAGAAGGGGAAAUGUCUGAUGAUGGGGAAGUUUACGAGCAGUUCAAGGAGCAGAAAUGGAUGGAAUGGUGUGAAGAUGUCUUGGCUGAUGAAAUCAAAACUCUUGGACGUUUACAAAGAUUGCAAACCACAAGUGCAGAUCUGCCAAAGGAGAAGGUGCUUUUCAAAAUCCGGAGAUAUUUGGAAAUCCUUGGGCGAAGAAUAGAUGACAUUGUCUUAGAACAUGAAGAAGAUUUAUACAAGCAAGAUAGAAUGACAAUGAGAUUGUGGAACUAUGUUUCAACUUUCUCAAAUUUGUCGGGGGAUCGACUCAAUCAGAUCUACUCCAAAUUGAAGCAGGAGAAAGAAGAAGAGGAAGGGGUCGGACCAUCGCACCUCAAUGGCUCUAGGAACUUCCAGAGGCAACAAAAAUACAAAACAGCAGGGAAUUCCCAAGGAUCGCAGCAGGUUCACAAGGGCAUUGACACAGCAAAAUUUGAAGCAUGGAAACGGAGAAGAAGAACAGAAAACGAUGUGCAGUCUGAGAGACCACCGAUAACAAACUCUAACUCGCUGGGAAUACUCGGCCCUGGACCAUUGGAUAGAAGCCAUCGGGCACGUCAAACUGGAUUUCCCCCAAGAUAAGUUAACUCUGUUCUCGCACCAUACAUUAUUAUGUG